AUGGCCUCGGCUUCAUUAUUUGUAGUGCUGCUUUUCGAAGCUCACUUCACGAUCUCAACAACGACUUCUCAAAAACAACAAUAUGAUCGACAAGUUUAUGAGAUAGAUACUGCAAAACUGCGUAGAUUCUGGCACACCGGUACAAUCCUUGGAGUCAUCAAAACAUACACGAAGUCUAUGCUUGCGGAACUUCCGCACGUUGAAAGAGUUGUGUAUGACAUUUGUUCGAGAGAUGCCAAGAGUAUAGUGGAUCUUGCUAAAUGUUCUGUCAGAGUGUUUAACACACGGGAUGCCUUAAAAUCUCAGCAGGUGAUAACGAGCAGCACUCAGACGACCUCUACAGUAACAUCGACAAAGUCAACAACUUCUCCUACAUUAUCUUCUCCUUCUAUACAAAACAGCCCCUUCAAAGUAUGGAUGGACAAUGAUUUACCCACAGAGCGGAAGAAAGCAAAAAUCUUCAGAUCAUCUCCCUGGACUUUGAAUGAUCACAAGUCGAGAAAAGUCGGGAAUAGAAUCAAGUUCAAAUUCGAUUUGGAAGAUGAACGCUCAUUAAAUUUUAUGACAUCACCAUCAUUCCGCAUACUAAGUCUGCACCCAUCCAAAAAGCGUGUAGACAAAAACAAGCCUAACAGACGAGAAAAAGCUGACCCUUUUGGGCCCCUGCACAGAAGAAAAGGUGCACGUUCUUUGAGAGUGCGAAGUUGGAGAAAGCGAACAAAGAGAAAUGCUUUUGAUGCUGACAAGAGUGCAAAGUUUGGAUCAAGAAAAAUGCACAUUUCGACCGGACUAACAACCGAUCUCAGUCGCUUAGCAGACAUUUAUAACGGAAAUCAUGGAACGAACGCAGGUGAAGAAUUCGCGCCGAAGCAGAUGAGAGAAAUAAAACAGUCACAACCUACUUCGCACAUAGAUAAACUGCUCUUAAUUCGUGAUCACUUUCAAAGAGUGAAGGAAUGUAACAAUUAUUUUGACAGUCUCAACGAACAAAACAGAAAAUUUUUCGAGCAAUUUAAACUUGGCAUUGACAGUCAAGCGCCGACAGUUGAGAAACAGGCAGCUUCAGUGAUGGAUGGGGUCGUACAGACCAUAAAUGCAUUCACGAGCCAAACAUCAUCCGACAAGCUAUCCCUAUUCUCACCACGCCUGCUUUCUCUACUUCCCGAACCGUCUAUUCCGAACCACAAAAAAGUUCUGUCGCCUACGAUGUUCAGCUUCCAAAAGGAAGGAAUCCUAUCGCUACCGGAGCUUUUCAAAAUAGCAGCCAUUAGUAAGGAGGAGCAAAAUGACCUAUUGGAAUUAAUUAUGGAUUUGAGUGGCGCAGGAAAAGCGCUUCAGGAUGUCCUCACGAGUCUACAACCAGAGAUAGAAGAAAUACUAAACAUCAAAUUUCCAUUAGUACAGGAAUUAUUGCAGCACGACAAAAGAUGGACUCGUUCGCGGGCUAGCUUCACAAGAGAGCAAAACAAGGAUUACGACGAAAAAGGAUAUGCUUUUUUGGACGAGGAGCAGUUAAAUCUGAUAUAUACUCCAGAAGACCAGCUUCGCUACGGAAUGAAUACUACAAAGCUUGGUAGACUGACGCGUCAGGAAAAGAUGGCAAGGGUAGAAAAGAAUAUUCGAGAAUUAGCAGCGCUUGAUAAACCUCGAGGACCAAGCUGGGGAUCAGCGAGGGUUAAACGGCAAGCAAACGAAGGACCUAUAAAUUGGGUGACCUUAUCACCUACGGCCUUCGCCGUCCAUGUGCUUGGUGGUGCAUCCAUGGAUAUCAUUACUUUGUCACCGCGAGCUUUCAUAGUGGACGUUCUGUGGCCGUCGGCCUUGAUACAAGAAACUCUCUCACCACGGGUGUUCAUUGUGGCAAUUCUUUCUCCAAACGCUCUCAUCGCACGCAUCAUAUCACCGACAGCUUUUCGUGUUGAAGUGCUUUCACCCCGAGCACUAGUAGCAUGGGUUCUUAGUCCUCAAGCAUUUCUUGCACAAAUUCUCACUCCAAACAUCCUAAAUCCCAAUGUGUUAAAUCCAGAUACUUUCGUACUGCAACUGCUCAGUCCAGCGAUAAUCUCGCCCGGCGCCGGAUCGCCGACAGCACUGAAUGCUUUUGUUUUAAGUCCAGCAAUAUUAUCGCCUCGUCUUCUUAGCGGACAAUAUUUAGUUCUUGAGAUUCUUUCGCCUCAUAUACUGGGAGGAGAACACACAGAAUGGGAAGCCCAUCGGGGAGUAGCUGAAGUUGGAGGAUAUGGAGGUGCUUAUAGUCCACACUAUCACGGAAAUCAAUUUGUACAGGGCGAGCCACGAUAA